AUGCCGGUGUCUGACCAUCCGGUUUCUGAGCACUCGGGCGAGUUUCGCGAGAGGCCGCCGAAUGUACUAACUUCUACGUCCAACGGUCAAAUCCUACAUGAACUCAACCCUUGCUUACGAAAUUUACAUAUGUGUGACAUGAGUGACAAGUCCAUUGCCAUGUAUAGUCUAAAGGAGAUUUCUACCGUGCAUAUCUGUAGACAAAUAGGAAUUGACUGCCAUGAAGACGCCAAAUCAGUUGGAAACUUGAACCGAACACGUGCUACAACACGUGUAGCUUAUUUGUCACAACUGACAGGUUUCUAG